GGAAUAGGGUUGCCUGACCCCAUUGCCAUGCCAAAAAUUUGGAGUGCCGACGACAGACAACCGCACCUGGUGAUCUCAUUCCUCUUAGCAUUGCUUUGUCUUCUUACACUAAGAAAUGGCACCUCGUCGUGACGCAGAGCAAAGAAUUGGGCUUUCCCACCACGAAAAUGUACUUACAGACGACGAAGAAGGCAUUGAAUUUGCAAAUUAUGCAGAAUCCGACGACGAUGACGAAGAUCCCUACUUUAUGCCAGAGCACACAAAGAAAUCGCACACUUUGAGCUUUAGCAGCUUUUCCUGCUCUCCUAUUCAAGUCGUGCGCUUCACAGUUCCUCUUAUUUGCGUCACCACCAUACUGGUUUAUACCAUCGUUGUGGGUGUCCUGACAGCCCAACGUAAAAAUAUACCUUCUUCGAUGGAUCCAACAGACCCAUCUUUACCUCUUCUGCCCUAGAGGUUACUGAAUUUGCGUUUCUUAAUGUAAAGCUGUAUAUAAUGUAAAAAAUCUAAUACAACCAAAUGUCUGUGAAGUCAUCAACCAUUCACAAGGUGACUUACAGAAUAAUCUCAAAGUCAAACAAUUUGAUGUCAAUAAAGCGAAUAACAUAAUUGCGGAUG